GCUACCAUCAGGCUGAGUGUCUGUUAACGUUGAGUGUUGUUUUCGUAUUAUUGGCAAAAAAUGGAAAAGUAAUGAGUAAAAUUUCUCACCCUAUGCAUGUGCUUUAUUUUUGGGCGGCUUGCUGUUCUGAUCACAUGAUGACGGCCCAGUUCGUGGAAAUCGCUCUUCGCCGCACACAGUCUGAUAACCAAACAGGGGGAGUGCACCAGCUAAAAGCCACACUUUAAAAACUUCAAAACAAAACAUGGACGACGAAACAUCUUUUUCGCAGGAUCAAGACAAAGAUUAUUAUAGAAGAGGAGACAGGCGUGAUCGUGGAAAUGGAAGAAGAAGAGACAGGAAACCUAGGGAAAGAAUACGUAGAGAUAGAGAUCGAUCUGAACGCCAGGAAAAUGAAAAUACAGAUAAUGCUGGUAGUGCAAUGAAGACACCGAUAAUUUUGGCAAAAAAGUCUGGACAAGAAGUUGAAAAAAAGGAAACUCCCACUAUAUUGGCUAUUCAGAGAAGAAGCGGGGCAGAGGGUUCAUCCUCUCCAUCAAGUUCAAACAAAACCUUUGCUAAUGAUUCACGCACACAGUAUCACAAACAUGGUAAUCGAUAUGAAAAAACACCUGAUCUUUCUUCUCCUGCAACUCCAAUAGCAACACAACAUGCUCUCAAUAUUGAUCAAGCAUUGACAGGUUUGGCAGCUUUGAAGUUACCUCAAGAUAUUUAUUCAAGCGAGUCUACAAGUAUAAUCGAUGGCUCGUUCCAGUGGAGUGACAGAGCGUUUGAGACACUUUUGGAUCAGACAGAUUAUGUUGUUGUUGGUUGUGUGGGCUUGCAAGGCGCAGGGAAAUCAACUGUAAUGUCAAUGCUUGCUGGACAACAAGUCGAGUCAUUGGGAAAAACUCGUUUGGUAUUCCGACCACAAAAGAGAACUGAUUUGGAGAAAUGUACGUACCGCACGGUGGGCAUUGACAUGUAUGUGACGCAUGAAAGACUCAUUUUACUGGAUACACAACCGUUACUUAGUCCCGCCAUGUUGGAUCAAUAUUUACGCUAUGAUCGUAAAAUACCGGGCGAAUACACAACUGCUGAAAUUUGUUUAGAAGUGCAGGCGCUACAAAUUUUGACAUUUCUUUACACAAUAUGUCAUGUUGUGUUGGUCAUUCAAGAUCAUUUUACAGACCUUAAUUUGCUAAAUUUACUUAAAACUGCUGAGAUGUUAAAAUUAUCAACCGUCUCUCAUUCGAACCAAGAUGGGUCUGGUUUAAACGCGGACGAGUUGAAUGAAUAUUUUCCACACGUAGCCUUUAUUUACACAUGUUGUGACGGCCCCACAUAUGAGCUGAAUAUCGUUCGAUCGAUGUGUGAAAUUUUGUGGAAGCUGUUUGAAACAUCAAGAUUGCGUGUCAGAGGCAGCGCUUCGAUUAUUCGCACUCCUGUUCUUCCAUAUUGCCAGUCAGACUUAUUUUACGACUUUCAGGAUUUCAACUUAUUUCUUUUACCUGCGAUGCGUCAAAACAGCUCGACUGAUGAAGAAGAUUACAAUCCGAUUGGUCGAUACCGUGGUCACCCAAGCUUAUCCAGUCUAGUAAAAGUGCUACGUCAGCAACUUUUGUCUAUGCCCAGAGAAUCUUUCACGCAUCAUAUUUUGUCGGAGAGAAGUUGGUUUCACUAUGCGGCGAGGACAUGGGAGGCUGUGAAGAAAUCAUCUCUCAUGAGCGAGUAUCAUCGACUGUUGUCAUCAUGAUGGGCGCUGCUGCAAUGUCGUCGCCGUAAUGUCGUUGAAUGGGAUGUCGUUAAACUGCUCCAUUUGUUGCAAAACACUGAAGUGGUGCAUUGAGAACUCAUCGUCAUUUGUUGAUUCAUGUGCAUCUUCGAUCUGAUUGGCUUAUGCGCAUAUUCAAUCUCAUAGGCUAGAAAGAUGCAAUUUGUUUCAAUAAAUAAACAAUGAAAGCGCAGUUAGAAAAUAGCAUACGAAAUAUUAUGUGUAGUUAUAUUCAUAAAAAAAUAUAUGUUAUUUUUUCUACCAA